CAUGCUAACUUGAGAUCUUAUUUGGAACACUUUAAAAUCUCUUAUAUUUCACAUUUAAACAUAAAAUAAUGGCAGAAGGAUCGUCUAAACGUAUAACAAUUACAGUGAAAACACCAAAAGACAAGAAUAAUAUUGAAUGUGACGAAGAUGAAUCAGUUGAAAAGUUCAAAAGUCUCGUAGCAGAAAAAUUUGAAGCUGAACCAGAACAACUUUGCUUGAUUUUUGCUGGAAAAAUAAUGAAAGACGGUGAUUCUUUGAAAAGUCACAACAUCAAAGAUGGAUUGACAGUUCAUUUGGUAAUUAAAGCACCACCAAAACCGGAACCAGAAGGGCCAGCUCGACGACCAGCUGAUGUUCGUCAAACACCUUUCGGAUUGAACCAAAUUGGAGGAUUGUCUGGCUUAGAAGCGCUUGGCGCUAAUUCAGAAACCUACAUGGACAUGCAAUCAAGAAUGCAACAUGAAUUAAUGGGAAAUCCUGAAAUGAUGAGAACCAUUUUAGACAAUCCGAUGGUGCAACAAAUGAUGAACAAUCCUGAGACGAUGAGAACGCUCAUAACUUCUAAUCCCCAAAUGCAAGACUUGAUGCAACGUAAUCCUGAAAUUUCUCACAUGCUGAACAAUCCUGAAUUGUUACGUCAAACAAUGGAACUCGCACGUAAUCCAGCAAUGUUGCAAGAGCUCAUGCGCUCACAUGAUCGUGCGAUGUCUAACUUAGAGUCAGUUCCUGGAGGAUACAACGCGUUGCAUCGCAUCUAUCGAGAUAUUCAAGAGCCAAUGUUGAACGCUGCUUCUGGUUUUGGUUCAAAUCCAUUCAGUGGUUUGGUUGAUAGUGGCAGCAGUGAGAAUCCACAAGCUGGUAGUGAGAAUCGAGAGCCAUUACCGAAUCCAUGGGGAAACAGUGAACCACCAGCACCCAGCAAUGUUUUGAACACGCCAGCAAUGCAAAGUUUGUUGCAACAAAUGAGCGAAAAUCCAUCAUUAAUGGAGAGUAUGUUGAAUGCUCCUUACACACGCUCAAUGAUGGAAGCUCUUUCACAAGAUCCAAAUAUGGCAGCAAAUCUCAUCGGUCAGAGUCCAAUUCUGCAGGCAAAUCCACAAUUGCAAGAUCAGAUGAGAACAAUGAUGCCACAAUUGUUGCAGCAAAUGCAAAAUCCGGAAGUUCAACAGAUGAUGACGAAUCCUCAAGCUUUGAAUGCAAUUAUGCAGAUCCAACAAGGAAUGGAACAAUUGAGACAAGUCGCUCCAGGUCUGGUUGGUAAUAUGGGAAUACCGCCACCGCCACCUGGAACGACGCAACCACCACAAACUGGAAACACUCCGAAUGCUCCUAAUCAACAACUUUUCGGUGACUUCAUGCAACGGAUGAUGAAUGGUAUGUCAAAUCAAACUAAUCCUAAUCAACCACCGGAAGAACGUUAUCAGUCACAACUUGAACAGCUGACAGCCAUGGGCUUCGUUAAUCGUGAAGCAAAUUUGCAAGCUUUAGUUGCAUGUUUCGGCGAUAUUAAUGCUGCUGUUGAACGUCUACUGGCAUUGGGGCAAUUGUCCUUAAGUUAACAACUUUAAUACUUUCUUUCAUCAGCGAUAUAAUAAAACAACAUUUUCUGCUCUUUCUUUUUCAAAACUCUUUAAUAUGAAGAUAAGAAAUUGAUGAUGAUGACGAUAACUGCAGCAAGUGGUGAAAUUAUUUGUCGUAGCAUUUUUUUUCUUUCCUUUUCUACUUUUUUUCCAAUCUAAUAUUUAAUUAAAUUUAUUCAUUUGGUGGGCAACAUAUUAUUCUUUGAUCAUAAAUCAUGGUGACAUUUUAA